CUUUACCGUAUAUUAGCGCAGCCUUUUAAAUUGCCUUAAAUAAAAUAAGUAAUCCUGCACAAAAAGAACGCCAUAGAAUACGGGCAACUGUCAGUGUAGGGACACAUUUUUCACAAUGAGUACCGGGAGCAAUCAGAAAAUGUUCCACUGUGAGACCUGUGACACCUCAAUGACAGGCCCGGCUAAUUACCAGGACCACAUCACAGGAAAAAAACACCUGAAGAAGCUGAAAGCCCUGGGAGAUUUGCCUGAAAAGUUUGACCAAUCUGCCAUGCCACCGAGCAGUACCAGUAGUACACCUGCAGCAGGCUAUGGUGGCCAGUUUGUGAAGGCAGCGGCUGACACAGGAGAGGGUGUGUCAGGCCAAGGUCGAGGUCAAUUUGGGCUUAACGUUCAAGGACAGGUCAAAGGUCUGAGUGCCCAGCCGCCCGCUCCUGUUAUUCCCACACCAGCAGAGAUCCUGGGCACUACAAAUGCUGACCCAGUAAUGAAUGCUGUGAAGGCCAAUUAUCUUGGAGCCCUGCCAUCAAAAAAGCUGACGUACGGGCGGAAAUGUGAGGUGUGUAACGUUGAUUACACGUCAGCCUCACACGAGGACCAGCACUUGUCUGGGAAGAAACACAAGAAUAAGUGGGCCUUACAUAAACUGAAUGAAAAUGCAGAAGAGAUAAAGAAGGGGGCGACAUUUUUCUGUGGAUUCUGCAACAUGAACCUCAACUCCCCUGUCCAGCUCGACCAACACAGAGAAGGUACUGCUCACUUGAAGAAAGUUGCACAGGCCAGGAAGUCCCAGGAAGAGGGAGCAUCAGCAGCAAAGAAGACGUUUGUUCCAAGUUCAGAGACACUACCGCCUAUCCCACCCACCACUUCCCCGUUAGAAUUAAAACCUUUAACUUACGACAAGUGAUGUUAGAUAACACAAAUUUGUAAUUUACAUGGUCUGUCUUUGACAUGUGAUUCAAUUAAUGAUGUUUGGCCUAAAUAUUCACAAAGUGACACAGUGUCCUAACAUACAUGGUGUGUUUUUGGCAUGUGAUGUUUUGCUUAAUCAUUGAGAAAGUGACACAGUGUCCUAAUAUAGAUGGUUUGUCUUUGACAUGUAAUGCCACAAUUUUUGGUGGCAUCAUAUACACAAAGUGACACAGUGUCCUAACAUACAUGGUGUGUUUUUGGCAUGUGAUGAUUUGCUUAAUCAUUGAGAAAGUGACACAGUGUCCUAAUAUAGAUGGUUUGUCUUUGACAUGUAAUGCCACAAUUUUUGGUGGCAUCAUAUACACAAAGUGACACAGUGUCCUAACAUACAUGGUGUGUUUUUGACAUGUGAUGUUUUGCUUAAUCAUUGAUAAAGUGACCCAGCGUCCUAAUAUAGAUGGUUUGUCUUUGACAUGUAAUGCCAUAGUUUUUGGUGGCAUCAUAUACACAAAGUGACACAGUGUCCUAACAUACAUGGUGUGUUUUUGGCAUGUGAUGUUUUGCUUAAUCAUUGAGAAAGUGACCCAGCGUCCUAAUAUAGAAUAGAUGGUUUGUCUUUGACAUGUAAAGGGACAAGUUUUGGGUGGCAUCAUAUACACAAAGUGACACAUUUCCUAAUGAGCGUGGUGUGUCUUUGAACUGUGAUGCUACCAGUGAUGGAUGGAUGAUGAAUUUUCAACAAAUGACACACUUGAGUUUUCUUACAAACACAGUGGUCGAAAUUAGCACAAGCCAGCAAACCCUGCAUGACUUAUACAGUUAAUGUCCGUUUGGCUCGCUAAAAAUUUGCUCUUUACUAAGCCAAGCUUAGCCACUUACAUGUUGUAGGGUAAAAUUUCUGGCACAGUAUUCUAAAAACAUCUUAAGUAAUUUCUUAACUUAAGUCAAUUUCUCAAAAGUUUCAAAGUCACAUCUUUAAGUACAAGUUUUGUUUAACAUAAAAUUAUGUAUAAAAAAAUUUAUUACAUAAAAUUUAAGAAAAUAAAUUAUUUAAGAAAUUUUUGAGUUAAAUCAAAUCAUGUGUGAAGUGACUAUACAUUACUUACUUGACUUUAAGUUAUGGAAUGACCUAAGAUAUUUAAUGAAUACCAGCCCUGUCUGUUAGAAUCAAGUUUAAAAGCUUCACUCUCUUGGAACGAGCCAAUUUUUGUGAAAAUCCAUGGAAACCAGACAGCUGAAAAAAAAUUAGAUCGCUGAUUGUUAUACUUAAGUUCAAAAAUUGAUGUUUUAUGUAUUUUCCUUAAACUGUUUGUAACAGUUUAUGCCAUAAAACAUUAAUUUUCGAACGGAAAUAUGAAAGUCUAUGAUCUGAUUUUUUAUCAGCAAUCUAAAAUCAUUGGUUUGCAGAUAUUUAGGCAAUAUUUUUUUUCUUUCCAAGACAAAAAAUAAAAAAGUUGUAAAAAUGGUAUAUCUGUGAGAGUGCAGCUUUAAAUUGUAAGGACUGCAGACAAGAAGGAUCUAUUAAACACUUCAACUUGAGAGACUUCCCAAGUCAAACAUACUGCAUGUGAAGAGUUUAUUCUUCAAUUGAUGACAAUUUAAAAUGUUGAAGCUGCAUUUUAUCUGGUUUACAUUAGUAAAAUUAUAAAGGUGAGCCAUAUCUAAAGGCAAAAUGCCGAAUAAAUUGUACAAUGAGAAAAGUUGCUGUAUCAUGUGAUCAAAAUGUUGAACUAUGAUUUGACAAUUUACAUAGAUGGUCAACAGAUUGAUUGGUGAACAGAUUGGAUAAAAGGAUUGGGUGGUCAACCGAUUGGGUGGUCAACUGAUUGGAUGGUCAACCAAAUGGGUGGAAAACCGAUUGGGUGGUCAACAUAUUGGGUGAUCAACGGAUUGGAUGGUCAAUGUAUUGGGUGGUCAAGGUCAACGGAUUGGGUGGUCAACAGAUUGGGUGGUCAAUGGAUUGGGUGGUCAACCAGUUGGGUAAAUGGAUUGGGUGGUCAACCGAUUGGGUAAACAGAUUGGGUGGUCAACCAAUUGGGUAAACAGAUUGGGUGGUCAACAUAUUUGGUGGUCAACCGAUUGGGUAAACGGAUUGGGUGGUGAACCAAUUGGGCGUUCAACAGAUUGGGUGGUCUGUGGUCGACAGAUAUAUAUCAUAUUUCUAUCACCUAUCUGAAACAUAGGUUUUACUUUUCUUGGUUGUUUGUUGCUUUAAGUCUCUUGGUUACUCUUAGUGGCUUUUAGUCUGACCACUAAAUAACAUUAAAUAAAGAGGCAGAUACAAACAUUUGCUUUCUACCAACUAAGUUUAAUGACCAAAAAAUGGCAUCCUGAAUAGAGGAACAUAUAAUGAUAUUUAUUUUCUGUAUUAUUGACUUGUUACUAAGAUAUAUUAGUAAAUUGUGAAUCUAGUAAUUUAUUUGUACAUAUUUUUAUAUUUUGUAAAGCAUUUGUUGUUAUGAAGGAUUUUAUCACUGAUUUUAAUCCGGGACCCUAAGAAGUAUCAGGGUUAUUGUAAUACAAAUGUGUACAUCGGGGUGUUGUUUUCUGUUGUUUUAGUAAAGUAAUUUGUUUGUUAUGAUGGAUUUUAUCGAUGAUUUUAAGCCUGAAGAAGUACUGUGGUAAUAGUGAUUAUUAUUGAGAUGGUGUUUACAGUUGUAUUUAUUGAAUAUUUAUUUUUUUACUUGAUUUUAAUCAAAGAUUGUUACAUCUUUAUGUUUUUCUUGAUACCCUUGUGGAUGUUUUUGGAAUAAUGAAUACAGUCGAAGCCUGUUGGCUGGAACUCCCUGGGGGACCAGUGAAAAUACCUCCAGCCAAGCGGGAAUUCUUACCUUCAGUAAAAAGCAAUGGGUCCUUUACAUCCAAUUUGAGCCAACGAGAAAUUCGAGUCAAAUGAGUUUGAGACAACACGGUUUGACUGUAUAAGCUUUUUCGUGAAUGUUUAAUAAUGUUAUGAUUAUUUUGAGAGGACAAGAAAGCAUACCCAUAGUUGUCCGAUUAGCGCAGUGGUUACCAAGGCGUCUCAGGUUCGAUUCCUGUCUUGGUACAUGUUAGUUUGGUUGGUGGAUACCAAGCCAGAUCAGCGAGUUGAGCUCUCCAGUUUCCAAAAAUCCGCAAGACCCACUUGCGAGCAACAUCAUUGAUAUUAGUUAAUAUAACUUUCACUGAAAUCCCACUGGGGGGACUCCAACCCACAAGUGCUUAGGUGAAAGCCAAACCACUGCACCACUAGAUUGCUUUAACUUUCCUAUUUGAAGUGUACUUGAUUACUUAUAAGAAUGAUUUGUUGUGUUAUUUAUGUGAUUUGUUUGAUGUUUCUCUGUGGAUACAUGUUAACACAACUAACUUUACAUGGUACAGAACAUCAAACCAGCUCCCUGUCAUAAACAUCCACUAGAUACUAUAAAAAGGAACCUUAAUUUUUAACACCUCAAACAAUUUUUAUCCAAAAUAGUUUGAUUUAAUAAACUUUCAUCAUUUAUUUGAUUAACUUA